UCUUCUGUACAUAUUAAAUUUCCCUUUUCCAAGUUUUUUUGAGAGGGAGAAAAAUCAUGCACUUCUCUUUUGCUCUCUCUCAUUUCUAUCCUAGAUUUUCUCAGGUUCCCCUGAAAAAUAUAACACGGUGUGUACACGUUGUACUAAAGAGAACGGAAAGAGAGUCAAUGUCAUACUUUAUAUAUUUCUAUGCGAACUAAAAAUGGCAAAAUGCUCUCGCGGUUUAGUAGGUGUUCAACUGCGUAAAAACUCAGACGUUCCUCCUUCAACAUACCGUUUUUUUUCAGUUGAUUAAAAAAUUCUCAAAAAGUUUUGUGCUCUUUAUAUAAUUAAUAAUAAUGUAAAUCUAUUAAUACUAUCUGUGAGUGAUAUCCUGCCGUUUUUUAUCAUCUUCAAACUACAUUGUGCUUACUAAUUCUAAUAUAUUUGUGUAGAAGAGCUUAAAAGAGCAUGCAAAAUAUUGGGGAAAGAUUUGUGACUCAAAUUGCAUUCUGCAUUGGUCACCUGUGAAAGACUAAUUGCAAAAAAGGUGUUUGACUAUCGGAAAGUUUUUAUUUCUAGAUUACAAUGUGUACUUACUAUUUAAAAUAAAAGGAUCGAUAGACGUUAUAUUAUAUACGAUAGCUCUACAUAAUGUUUAAUUCUACCAUACCGAGUGUUUUUAUACCAAUGAAUAUCAAUUGUGUGUUGCUAUAAUACUGAAAUGGUUGUGAUGAUAGUACAUUUGCACAAAAAUUGAUUUAAUUAAAUGCUUUUUCUAUAUAGACAAGACUUUUCCCUCAAAUAUAUCUGUGUAUAAAGAUAUAAUAACAUUUAUCACUUUGCAUCACCAAAUAUUAAUUUGAAGAAAUAAGUCGAUAAAAUAUAUUUAAGGUGUACAGUGAAUAUGAGGUGACAUGAAAUUGUAAAAAAAAAACAUAUGAGAUUGUGAUAAAAAUUACAAUCUGUGACAUAAUAAGUGAAUUUCGGGAUUGAUUUUUAUAGCUGGUGUUACCUACAAAUCCCUUUUGAGAGAGAGAAGAUGAUGGUCUACUUCUCUCUCGAAGAGAAAUUUUUUUCGCAUGUAAAUGUUAAAGUUCAGCGCAAUUUGUAGAGAAAAAAAGAAUAUGGAAAAAUAGUGAGAGACAAUCAUUAAUGGAAAAGUGAUGAAGGAAUAUAAUUGGAAAAUAUGCAUGAGAUUGUGAGGACAAAGAAAGGUGGGAAAGUACAUAUAAGAACCAAUGUUCUAUGAUAUGACGUUACAUUCGAGGAGUGGUCGUAGUUCUCGUCUAUUAUAUAAUGCUCACAGAGCAACAAUCUACGGCAAUUGGUCAGGAGACGCCACAAAAAGUGAACUUUUUCAAAAGGAAUCCAUGGUGCUCCUUCCAAGAUAACUUGAAUGCCUCACACUUUCGCCGAGGUCGCCGAAUACAUGGACUACAGUUACCAUUGCAUCCAUUGCAACUUAUUGGGUGGGUGGCACUUGUGAGUUUUGGCCUGGGUACAUUCCUUGUACUUAUACCCGCCCUCACGACAUCCAUUCAGCAACCCCUCUUUGGAUUACUUGCUGGCCUAUAUGCUGUACAUGGUAUCUCACACCUGGCUGCCCUUCUGCUUGAUCCUUCGGAUCGAGAAUUGAGAAAGCAACGUGUGGACCGUAUUGUUCCAGAAUUUGAUCGGACUAAGCACGCCCAUGUUAUUGAAAAUGGUCGUUGUCACUUAUGUAAUAUUGCAACUAGUAGCUCCAGGACAAAACACUGCAGCGUAUGCAACAAGUGCGUUGGGAAAUUCGAUCAUCAUUGUAAAUGGUUAAAUCAUUGCGUUGGCGAGAGAAAUUAUGUGGCCUUCCUCAUGUGCGUAGUGAGUGCCGUUUGUGCAACAUUGGUCAUCUUGACCGCUGCUGUUGCAGAAAUUGUUCUGUACCACGUAAAGCCCGAAUGGCUCAACAUAUGGAACUGGAGAGAGGAUGUUACGACAAAUGAGGCGGGCAUCAUUUUCAAUGAAACCAUCACAGAUGGCAAUUUUACACUUCUAAAUAGCACAAUUGCUGGAUUUAAUGUGUCAAAUGACAAUGGCAGUGAAGUUCUCGGCGAUACUGUGGAUGCAAUAGCAAGUGGCAUUGGGCUACAUGAUACAGUAUUCCUUGUAUUUGUUGCCGUUCUUGGAAUUUUGGCAGCUAUAUCAGCCGGUCUUCUCCUUCAUCUAUGUUUCUUUCACAUCUACAUAUCUUUCCUUGGAUUAACAACAUACGAGUACAUUCGUAAUCGUCGUCAGAGUACCGCAAACAAUACACCGUCAACAUUACCAGCCGUAAUUGAGACUGAAGCUACCCUUAAAGGAUCAUCAGUCUACUUUUGUUCAUCUGUGACAGCAGCAUCUAUCCCGUCAGAUAACGCAGAAAUUCCCCAUGUUUAUAAAAGACCCAGGUCUUUGCAUUGCUGUGACUCAUCGCGAGAAUAUCAGCAUCAAUUAGCGCACCAUCAUAGGGCUUACUAUGUGUGUUCUAUGCUGAAACAGAGCUCCUCGGCAACAAUCUAUGACAACACCAACUCAAAAUGUGAAUCACGUACAUUCCAUUGUUGUUCCCAAUUAGAAAGAGUGGAUCACAAUGAUUUUGCUGAUGCGGAUAAUCAAUCUAUUGUGCGGUAUGCGGAACAAUGCACUUUCUGCAGUUUUCGCAUCAAAGCACCAUCAAAAGGCGAGGGUUUAUCGUUUCAGAGCAAGAAGUGUUGUCUCAAAUCCAUAACAAAGCACCAUCGUUGGCGUCGGAAGUGGAAUUGCUGCUCAUCUGUGCCAGAUAGUCCAGAUGUACCUGUUGAUACCAUCCGAACUGUUGCAUCCUCUGUGCCACACCUUCUCGAUAGUAGUAAUGCUAAAAUGAUUGAUGCGCACCCAAGACAAAGUGAGUUUUACAACAAAAAAUCCUCACAUCAGAGGCAUUCUGGACUUAAUUCACAGCACCACCGUGUUGAACUCAAUGGGAACACAACCAAUAUUAAUGCGAAACAUACGAGAUCACGACUAGUUCGACCGUGGCCUGUAUCACGAUUCCGUCAUAUGCUACGCACCAUUGGACGUUAUAGAACCCGCUGUCGACGUGGGAAUAAUGCUGUACUCAAGCAAAAUCAAAUUCGUCCACUAUCAUCCGUCGAACAAAAUAGUACAACGAUGCCAAUACCAUCCAUUCACGUCCAAACUGUCUUGCCCACAUCGGCAAUACGAUCGAAUGAUAAUGAAAAUUUGACUGAACAAAUAUCUGGGAUCUCCUUACCGGCCCUGCCACCACCAACGCGACGAAAAAUUCGCAAUACGGCAGAUUUGCAGGAGCUCGCAGAUACACUUUCAUUUGUGCAACAUCCACGCAAUUGCACCACGAAUACUAUACGACGACAAGGUAGACGGAAAAAUUUAUUACGAACACGGAGUCCCACAUUAUCACCAAUUCAUGAGUCUGGACUGUCAAAUCCCACCUCACCGAAACCUUGUCGUCACACCACCUGCAACAGUGAUAUAUGCGUCAGUGGAAGUAUAACCAGUAUCAAUGGAUCCACUGUUCAUGAGAAAUAGGUUGAAUUUGCUAUGUAUUGACUAUUUAAAGAAAACUCAAAUGUUUAGUUAUAGUUACAAAAACUGUUCACAAACUAUGGUUUGCUAAAUCACGUUGUCCAUUUGGUGAUAUGAGUAAACCAAUCAAGAUUGUACAACAUAUUUCUGAAAAACUUAUUCUAUACCUAUUAUUAAAGUUCGAACCAGAGAAAACAUCUGGAAAAUUCAAAAAUUUGAAAAUUUGAUCGGACUUUGUAGUUGACUCAGGAUUAAGGUAUAGUAUUGUUCCAAUAGAGCAAAAACAGUAGAUGCAAAAACAGUCUAUUGUCCUUUUCUUUUCUUUUCUUUUCGAAGCAAUACCGUAGACAUUAUUUUACUCAAUAUUUCUUUUUACAACCUUCGAAAUAUAUUGUCAAAAAAUUUAUCUAUAUUUAUCUAUUUUUCAGUAUAGAAACGUAUUGCACUGUUUAAUACAUAAAUAAAGAAAUAUGUGAAUAUUGCAAUUCAUGUAAUAUUCAUGGAGAACAUAUUUUUUUAAUGCACUUAUAUGUAUAUAGCAUUAUUUACAUAUGUAUAUAGUUUUCGCGUCGUUUGCAUUAUUUGCUAUCUAAAUAUAGGAAACACAUUGAUUUUUAUUUUUAUAAUAAGAUAAUGAAAUAAAUAAUGCAAUACUAAAAUGUCUUGUUUGUGGUGAUAUUUUGCUACAUUUGUCUUCGUGACGAUACAAAAUUUACAUGUUAUGAAAAGUUCAAUUUAGAAAACAUUUUUCACGCAUUGCCCAUUCAUUUCUAUUAACAAGAUAGGGGAGACCGGGGUUAAAAGAGUCACUUUAGGGUUUAGAAAGCUCAAAAUAUCACAUUUCCCAAAUAGAUAAUAAAGCGAAAUGUACAGCUCAUUUCUUUGGGAAAACUGCCCUAUAACUCUUCCUAUAUCUAGCUAGAAAAUAUGAUAUUUUAGGCUUUUUCUAAACCCUUAAGUGACUUUAUUAGCCCCGCCCUCCCCUUCUAUUUUCCAAAUUAAAAAUUUGUAUUUUCUCUGUUACAUGGUUUUUUUUUUUAAUUCCAACCCACCUGGAAGAUGGGUCUUUGGAAGAUGGUUUUGUCAGUUGGCCAUAUGCUUUUAUUUUCUCUACAUUCUCAUGGAAUUAAUUUUAACAAUUAUUUUUUUUAUUUAUGUACGUACAUGCACGGUCCAGGACCGUGUACAAGGUACAUACUUUAAAAAUGCAAAUAUUUUAGAGAUAAAAAUUAUAUAGAAAAAAAGAAUGUCUCAUAUACGUGAUCAAGGUGAUUAAUAGUUUUUUUAGAUAGACUUUUUCUCAAGAAAUUAUCACUUAACAGAAUUCCAUAAUUUGUGGAAUAAAAUGAGAAUGAUGUUUUAGGUACCUACAAUUAAAGAUUUAAGUAUUUAUAUAUACAUACAUACUAGGGAAUUAUAUGGGAACGUAUAGGGUAAAAUGAUGAAUUUUUGGGAGACAAUUUUUCCUGCGUUCUGUGACAAUGAGUCAUAUUCAGCGACAAAGAAACCCUUGUAUUGUAAUCUUUGAAAUUUGUACCAAAAUUUCAACGAUUUCAAGGAUAUCUUGGUAGCUGAAUACGACCCAAUGGGCCUAAUUCAGCGACCAAGAAACCCUUGAAAUCUUUGAAUUUUGUACUGAAAUUUCAAGAUUUCAAGCGAAUUUCAAGGGUUUCUUGGUCGCUGAAUUAGGCCCAAUAUUUGAGUUUUACCAUGACAACUAUCUUGAGAAAUUUCCUGGGCUACAAUUUUGCUUUGGACGAUUUGUUUCUGUCUCAACACGAAAAUCCAGUUCAUUUUGAGAUAUUGCAAUUUUUUUUAAUUCACUAUUUUAAGCCAAUUUACCCAUACAUAAAAAAAAAAUAUCACAGAAUUUUGGAAUUUCAUAGCCCUAAAGAAUAUCUAUGUAAGGUAUUUAAUUGUUUAAAACGCAAACCAAUAGUUUAAUUUUAAGUAAUAUAAAUAAAAUUACUCACAGAAAAUGAAGUGUAUGUUAACAAAGAAUAAUAAUUUUAUAGGUAUAUAUUUAUUUUAGAUUAUUUGACUUAAAAAAUUUAUAAUCGUCAGAUGUUUAGAAUAUAGAAUUUCACUUAAGAGCUAAAGUGACUUAAAAUAUUGAUAUGAUUUAGCAAAUUGACGACUUUGUUCGUCUUUUUUUUGUCAUUUUCUUCUUCAAAUCUCAUUGUUCCUAUCCACUCUGUGUAAAGGAUUAAAAAAUCGAAAAUGUGAUAAAUCCAUAUGCAAAAUUUAAUUCCAUUGGCAUGCGAGAGAAAUAACUAUGGGUCCCAAGAAGUUUACAUUCUCUGUUAACUUAUCAAUUUUCCUUAUUUAUUGAUUAAAAUAAAAAUCUUGGUUGUGUACGAUAGAAAAGGAUGCAGAGUGACAGAAGAAGUUUAGCUGAUUUUUCGUAUUGAAUUGACUUGAACGACUGUUUAAGAUAUAAAGAAUGUAAUUGCAAUUUAAUUAUGGUUAUGAUUAAUUUAACAAUAAAUAGAAUCAAUAAAAUACAUUUAAAUCUGAACCAAGCAUUGCAGGUUUAGAUAUUAUUCCAUCCAUUAUGUAAAACUCGAAAUGAUAAAGAAAAAUAUAAUUAACUAAUCAACCCGAGCCCCCCAAUCACGUGUGAGCAAAUUUUAUUUUAAUCUAUAAUAGAGGAACUUACAUUAGUGGGGAAGAGGGGGGAGGGUGAAUAAUAAAAUACCUUGACAAAUUCGUGAAAAUAAAAAUAAAAUUAUCCGAGCCUUCAACAGGAAAAAUUCAAUUUGUAUGUGGGAGCGCUAUAAAGGGGGAGUGGAGGCGGAAUCCCAUAUAGCCCUGGCUACUCGUAUUGACCUCUUCUACCUCCAUAUCGAAUUUUGUCAUGAUCGGCUCAGCCGUUUCAGAGGAGUUCAUGUGCCGCAGAUACACAGGCAAACUUUUCAGCUAUAUAUAUAUUAAGAUUUUUGAGGAAAAGAUUUUAUUUGAAGCUACCAAAUCAAUUAACUAUUAUAAUGAUCCAAUUUAUUUUUAAAUUUCUAUUUGCAUUAGAUUAAGGAAAAUGCUAAAACAAUGCAUAAUUUCUUAUAAAAAAACUUUUUUUAGUGAAAGUUUUUGGGAAUUCAUAGUACCACAGUCUAGCUAUUUAAUUUACUGGACUGUAAUAGUAUUUAACCAUGGUGUAUUUUUGUUUUAUACAAUAUUGAAUAAAUAAAUGAAAUUAUAAGCUUAUUAUAAUUUUUAUUACGGUAAAUAAACUGCAAUAUUUUU